AUUCCUAUUUAUUUCACACCCAAAUUUACUCUCUUCACACCCAAUAUACUUGAGUAAUUCAAUCACUCUAAAUUUACCUUAGUCUACACUCAAAGAACCACAACUUCAACCUCAAAUAUCAAACAAUUUUCCUUAUUUCCCUCAAAAACAAAACUUUCUUAUUACCUAAGAUGUCUUUACAAGAACAACCAAUGCAGCAGCAGCAACAACAGCAGCAACAGCAACCAGUUCAAGUCUAUCCAACCACUGUCACAUACCAAUCACCACCUGAACCUGACCACCAUUCUUCAAAUGGAUCAUUUGGGUCAGUAUUUGUUGUCUUAGCCAUCAUAAUAAUAAUUUCUGCUGUUGCUUGUUGUCUUGGAAGGUUUUGCAGCCGUCGCGGUAGCGGUCACAGUCAGAAACAUGUUAAGCAACAAAAGCAGCAGAAGCAGAACAACCAACAUAACUCGCGUCCAAAAGAAGUUGAUAUUGAAUUUGGAUUCGACAAAAAAAUUGCCGCUUCUAAGCCUAUGAGUAAUGGACAUGGCCAUGGAGGAGUUAGAGUUCAGAAACCAGUUUCUCAUGGUCAUCAUGAUAUGAAGAGUUUUGAAAUAAAGCUUGGUCCUCCUCCUCAAGGAAAGUAUAGGCCAGGUCCAUAAUGGGGUUAGAAGAGAUGAUUAUUAUGUAAACAUGGUUCUUUUUCUUAAUUAUUGCAACCAUUUCACCACUAUAA